AUGUCAGCCUGGGAUGUUUCGCUGAAAACCCUCAAAGACAAAGUUCCUGACUUGGGCUCCAAUGCUGCUCUUGCCGCUGAUCUGGACGAGCGAAUCAAAGCCGCUGAAAGCGAGUUCGCCAGCUCCAUCGUGCAGUUGAUCCUCUUCGGAGAUGGCACUACCCUCAACGCCUCCCUGGAUCAGAACGUCGGAACUGGCGCAUGCGGCAAUCUCGGAAACGGCGCGUUCAAAGGCAUGGUCACCGAAAAUGUGGCAGGAAACACAUAUACGGUCAAGGUGACCGCCACAACUGCGAAGAUUUUCGACUCUAAUGGGGGUUUAAUUUAUAAUGGCAAGGGGAGCGCGUCGGCAGGGAUCCGGGGUAGCUGGCCGUUAACCUUCCAGUGA